UUUACCUAUAUACUUAUAUAUGACAAAAGUAAGCGUGUUUUAUUGAUCGGAACAGAAACGUCACAGUGUGUCCAUCCAUUUGUGCUUCACUGAUUAGAAGAAAUUCUUAUAGGAAGUAUCCAAACACCUGGAUUUCAGAACUGUGUAUUUUGUGUUGUAUUAAUCAUAUUAAAUCUGGUACAAUGUAAUGUGUUAAAUGAAAAUAGAUAGUUGUCACAAAGGAUAUAUAUAUAUAUAAUUGGAGAAAAGGGAAUAAUUUUAACAUGUUUAAACUCAUCUUAUGAUGGAUCCUGAAGCAGGUAAUACAAAGAAGUUUCUGUAUAGUGGUCCAAAGAAAGAAGACCAAGAGGAACAAUGGACAUUUUCUCCACGUAAACAACAGGCCUCUCCUAGAGAAACACAGUUUGGUGUAGACGAUGUAUGGAGUAUACAGAAAAAUGUUUCUUUAGGAAAAAAUAUAAAGCCUUCUACAGAUGGACUUAAUCUGAAAGCAAACAAUACUUAUUACUCUAGAUACGGGAAUGUAAAAGGUAAAGAUGACUUGACAUCAAACUUUGGGGGAUCAAACUUCAAAGUUGGAAAUGAAAACCAAUUUGGAUCUACAGCAAACUCAACAAACAAAUCAUGGAAUUAUGAGAAGAGAGGAUUUAGUUAUUCUUCAUUUGGAACAGCAAACAAUGGCAUGAACUCUUAUAAUGGUACCCCAAACAGUACUAAAAACUCUCCACCAUUUAGUCCGUUCGGCAAUGCAAGGGGCAACCAAGAUAGUUCAUUAUGGUGAACCAUACAUUUAGUAGCUUUAAUAUUGUCAGAUAAUCAUUUCGGUUUACUUAAACAUACUUCAGUGUACUUCUGACACCAAGUGUACCGAGUCAUGUUGGCAGGUUUCUGCCUUGACAUUACUACUACUAUUCACUGUGCUAGUCGUAAAAAAGUGUUUUUUUUUAAAACAUGUGCUAUUUAAGAACUGGCUUAAUGACUGGAGGUAAAACACAGAAUAGUUGAAUGGGCAUUGGUUUGAAAGGCAAUAUGUUAACUUCUUCCCUGUUUGUAGUUACACAUGAUGGGUAACAGUUACUGUCUUACAGGAUAAUAAUAUUUUUAUGCAGAUAAAACCUGCAAUAAAUUGAAAAUUGAAAGUUUCAGUAGCCUAUUUCCAGUUAUUUUACACAUUCAAUUUUUAUUUUAGAAAAUAGAAAGCUGUGAUAGAUCAAUGAUUAAAUGAACUAACACAGAAAGUCAACUUUAAUCUGUAUACAUUGUAUUGCAAAGUUUCAACCUCCUUUCAGAUGUUGCCAGUAUUAAUCAGUUAUGUCUGAGACAAUGCCAAUCCCAUAAUGUAAUACCCCUUUUGAAUUGCUUCAUUUUCAUCUAUCUUGAAUAUAUUUUAGGGUACUUAUUUUUAUGAGUUCCACAUUAAAGAGGCAAUCCACAAAUGAAUGUCCUAUGAAAAACAUGUAAUUUUUUGGUUAUAUGAGUUAUGAUGGUGAUAUGAUUCAUUUUGAUAAGCAACAAAAAAAGUUAAAAUCAUAAAAUGAAGCACUCACCAAGAAAUUUUGCCUGAACCAUGACUAGAAAAUCACCAACCCUAAUUAUACAUGUGUAUUAGGUGUUUUUAAGAUUUAAUUUUUUUUGGGGUUUUUUGAUAAAAGCUUUGUUAAAAUAGAAAAGAUACACAAUUAUAGUAGUUUAAAAUCAAAUGUUCAAUAAGAUGUAUUGUCAAAUUUUAAGUAGUGAUUCCAAGUCUUGGACGUGAUGUUUGCUUCGUUACAUAUUGCCCAUCUAUUUAUUUAGCUGACCUGUAGUGGACUGAAGUCCCUAUUAGCUGUAUUAUAUGCUUUUCAUUUAGUUAAGCUUCAAUUCUUCAUUACCUGGGUUCUGCUUAAAUAAGGAUAAUAAUUUUCAUGUUUUUACUUUAGAUAAAAUUGAUAUUUUUUAUUUGAGGAUUGAUAUGCAUCUAGAUAUUAGGAAAGAGAUCUGAUUUUUGUGUACAAUGUUUGUUACAUUCAUUCUUAAUAUUUUACAGAGGACAAUUUUAAUGUCUUUCAACAAUAACUACCCACCCUUGCCAAAACUCCAUUGCUAUGAUUGAAAGUGCUAUGCUCAAGACAUGGGACUGAUUCAUAAAAAAAAUAUUUUUGAAACUAAUGGCUAGUUCGUUUUUGUUUCAAAAGACCAUGUUUUACAAAAAUAGUCAGCCCUGGUAUAUCAAAUGAAAAAAAUAUAAAGUUUGUGUACCCAAUAUUUGAUGUUAUCUGUUGACAUGUGUGUUUUUAAUGUAUCAGUCCUAUAUUGUUAAUAUUUAAAAUGAGUAUAAAUUAAGAAACUUCUUUACAUGUUGAAGUGCUCAAUAAAAACAAAACUUUAUUCAUUAUCUUUGUUCUAACUUUGUCAUGUAAGACAAGAUUUUGAAACAUAAGUUACAAUUGUUCAAAGUUUGCAAGUUAAGUUUUAAAGUUUGUCUUCAAUAGUCACUGGAAAUCUGGUUAUAUAAUGAAUAAAAAUAUUGUAUUUGAUAUGAUGAUAGUGUAGGUAGAUGAUUAUUUUUAUUGUAAUGAAUAAAUUAUGAAUAACUAUAGUGCAUUUAUUUUUCUUCUCAGUAGACAUUCACUUGAUGUGAAAUAUACUACUCAUGACUUGCAAUUAUCUGUAAUAGUUGCAAUUAUUUUACGUGCAUAAUGUUGUUAUUUCUGCUUUUUUGCAUUUAUUUCUUGUGUCUGAGAAUAAAAGUUGUAAUUUAUUGAUUUAAAAUAUUUUUAAAAAUAUUUUUUUAUUAAUAUUAAAUCUUUUUAUUUCACAGGAACAAUUUUCAGAAAGAUGAAUUUAAAUCUUGUUUAAAUUUUUGUUUUUAAAUCAUGAUUUUUCAAAAGUAUUAAAAUAAAUAUAAAGAUAUCGAAAUGUGUUAAAAAUAUUGCUGAAUGAUGUUAAAUCUAGUAGAUUUACUGAUCAGAUAUUUAGAAAAAAAGAUAUCCAAGUGCAAAUGUGUAAAAUUUUACAUAUAGUGACCUUCAAAUAAUUUUCUUCUUUUCAACAAUGUCAAACUUAUGUUGCUUUACAUUAGUUUUGUGUUUAGGUGGUUUAUUUCACGAUAUAUAUUUACGAAUCAGUGGUCCCGUUCCUUUCACCAAAAAAACUGAUAAGUCAUUCUAAAAUUUUCAUGACUUCAGAGCAAUUUUACUCUGACAAAAGAUUUUUUGCAUAAUUUAGUUGCAUUUGUUGAGUCUUAAUUUGUUGUAUUAAACUUAAUUAAAGUUCUGUUGUAAUUUUUGCAUGAGUAGUAAAAAGAAAAUAAAACAGAAUUUUCAGUCAAA